AUGGCGACGACGGUCGCAAGCAGUGUGAACCCAUCUGUGGAUGCAACCGCAGCGCAAAGCUCCCCGGCUGGCCUGGAAAGGAUUGAGCAAAGCAAGGCAGACGAGAUAGGGCAAAAUACACACAAAGAAGGAACUCUGAUGACCCAAGAGCAAAGCGUAAGGGCGGCUGAGACGUCGAAUGCAGGGCUGCAGGAGCGUCCAGCUGAAGAAGAAAGCAUGGAAACUCUGGCGGAGACGCCGAACGAGGGCACUUUUCCAACUCAGAGUACGCCUUUGAGCUCCAAAGCAGAGCUGCUCGACGAUGCGGGCGCUACGCAGGCUCGUAUUGGUCCUGCAAACACCAGACAGGCCUCGGGCUCCCCUCUGAUCACGCAGAUGGCCCAGACGAUGCUGGAUGGUAGUCCCUCGCAAAAUAACCACACACCGCUACCGCAGUCCGCCUUCUCUACCACUUCUAGCAGCGGCACCAACGACAGUGAGUUGAGGCUUCGCGCAGCGCAACGUGCUGCACAGCUCGUCAAGCUCAUUCGUUCCAACCGCCCUGAAACCUGUUUGUCUCGUCUCUACCAGUCCCUUCGUAUCUCUUGGCUUCGCCUGCGUCUGCGCUUUCCAGUUCUCACUACACUCCGCUCACAUCCUCGGGGUUCAAGAGUCACAAUCACCCGUUGUUGGAUCAGUCGCCUCUACCCGCGACGCCAGCUGCCGGUCUGGCUCUGAGCGGGGCAGCUCAUCGAGGCUCUCAAUCCGGUCCUUCGGCCACUUCAAGCGCGAGCGGAGCCUCUGCAGCUGCGGCGCACCAGUUCCUGUCGCAGACAGGCAGGCGCCCUUCAAUGACGUCCAGCACGUCGAGCAAAUCUUUGGCGCCUUUGUUGGAAGGCGCAGAGGCGCAAUAUCCUUCGCCUAGCGGAGGAUUUGUGCCGCCUCGCGUUGAGGAGAGGUGGAGCCUAGGCCCUGUACCCUCCAAGGUCGCACCCAGUGGCGUAAGCUCUGCCGCUCCAACUUCUGCCGGACAGGGUACGCAGGAUGAUGCGGUGGCUCAGAAUGAACAUAGCGAAGCGAGGAAGGCAGGUGCCACUUCUGCAGAAGCAUCAACCUCUAGCGCACUCUUGCCAGAUGGCCCCACGUCUCAGACUGGGAAUGGAAACGUGAGUCUGUUUCAAGAUCGAGCUGGUCAGGACAGUGUGAGAUGCUGGACUUGCUGCCACUCUCUGAGGCUGGAUGCAAAGAUCAUUGAUUACCAGAGCAGCGAUCUGACGCUACCUGCUUGUACGCUUCAGAGACCUCUGUCUACCUACUCCACUACAUCGGCGGCUUCGGGAUCAGGACGUCGGAGUAGCAGAUCAGGUGGACCUCCUACUCGGCCUCCAAGCUUGCCUCCUUCCGAUGCCGCAGCAGGGAUCCAAGCCUCGGGUCUCCAGAGCUCGUCGAGGCCCGGGUCGCGCAGAACAAGUCGGGUACUGGACGGCGGUACAUCAGGUGUCAGCCCGAAAGGUCUCCGACCUCUUUCGACUCACGCGCCGGGCUCGUCUGGCGAGAGCAGGAGGUUGAGCACUUCGGCCUCCCCGAGUGGGGCCGCGUCUAAUCCAGGAAGCAGUCCGCUUCGACAUUCGCGCGUCGUCUUGCCGCCGGCUGCCACAGUGGAGUCUCUUGAGACCGAAGCGCAGAGUGCGCAGCAGAUGGGAGGAUCUAGCGAGAGCGGAUCGAGGGAUUCACAAAGCGCAGGAACCUACCCUCCGCCAAAGAGAGCAUCUCGAAGAGAAUCGCAGCAAACGGACGAGGAUGCUUUGGCAGCCGUCUCUUCCGGACGCUCGGCUAGCCCUGGGCCUCGUGCCGAUCUCUCGCGACGAACGUCGAAAGUGGAAACGUUCGCUCGUCAAUCGGUCACAUUGUCCAUGCUACGAAUCAGAGACUUUGGAUUUCCAGAGGAAGAUCCUCGGCAUUUUGGAGCAAGGGACGUGUCUGCGCCUCAACAGGGCGGCAGAGGCGGUGCGGGUGCAGGUGCGAGCGGAAUGUUUGCAGGAGAGGCGGGAGAAGAGGAAGAGAGCGCGUGGCCGAAUGCGGAUGCCUCUACGAUGUCGGACGAAGAAGAGGAGAAGGAGGGUGACGAUGGUGGGCCACGACCCGGUAUUUAUUCCGCAGCGUACGAUUUCCAAGCCGAGUCGGAGCACGAAUUGACGGUGGUUUCGGGCACCAGGGUGAGGGUUGUUGGAGCGCUGGAAGGAGGCUGGGCUAUUGCGGAGAUUUAUGCAGAGAACAAGCAGGGCGAUGUGACGGGUCAGGAAGAAGAGGGAACGAAGAGGGGUCUGGUACCUGAAGCCUACCUUGAGUGGUUAGAAGAGGAUACUUGA